AUGUCUUUGAAAUCACAACCUCCUCUCCAGCCACAACGAACAGUAUUAUUCAUGGGCAGUGCUCGGGUUGGAAAGAGUUCAUUAUGUGGCUACAUUCUACUCGAUCAUAAACCGAAUACAAUUUCAAGACAUUGUAAAAGAAUUAAAGAAUUAUUUAAUGAAGAUCGGGAGGAGGCAGUUUUUGGAUGUUACGGGAAAAAGAGCCUUCAUUGUCGAGAAGAACAAUCGUUGAGAAUUGCCAUCCAUUCCUAUUAUAGCCCAGAGAUUCGUAUGAUCAAUGAUAACUGUACGCCCACGACGGCUAAUCAUAUCAAUAUGAACGAAUGGGAAGUGAAUGAAGGCUUGACUUUCCUAUAUGUGUCUUCCAAAAAGAAGAAAAUUAAUUGUUUUGUGUCGGCUUGUUUUUUGGCUGAUAUUGGAGUGUUGGUGGUUGAUGUGAGUAAUACUGGGUCGAGUUUUGAACAGGAUUUUAAUUCUGAAGAGAGUACUAUGAAACAUCAAUUACAAAUUGCCCAAGCGUGUGGAAUGGAAAAUAUCAUUGUUUGUUUAAAUAAGUGUGAUUGUGAGGAGAAAUCAACUACUGACCAAUGUAAUCGUGUGUCUACAUGUGACAUUUCAAGUUUGUGUGAGAGUUAUCAUCAAGUGACUGCUACGAUUCAACACUAUUUAAAACAAAUGAAUUGGAAACAAUCAAACAUUUUCUUUAUUCCAACGUCGGGAACAAAAGGAUACAAUGUCACGGCCAGACAUGAACCGUAUUCGUUUUAUGAAGGACCUUCUUUGUUGGAAGCCAUUAAAGAGAUGGCAGUGAAGAGAGAAGUUGAAUCCAUUCUUGAAAAACAACCUUUUCGAUUUAGUGUGUAUAACUGUCACAGAAUAGGUGGAGUUGGUCCUGUUGUCACAGGCAAAGUUGAAAGUGGAAUGGUGAAAAAGGCAGAUGUUUUAUUGACUCAUGUCAGUAGUCAUGAAGUGAAAAGUAUUGAAAUAGCAUACCAUCAAGUGGAACAUGCAAGUGCUGGAGAUUUUUGUUCCUUGUGCUUGAGAAAUACAUGUCACAGCGUCAUGAAAUUUUGGAGAUUUCUAUGCAACAGUCGAACCGAGCUUGAAGAUUUUGAUAGUUUUGAGGCUAUCAUUCGCGUAUUGUACACACCGAACCAACAAGUACGUGCUGGUUUUGGAUGUGACUUGCAUUUUGCAAUCAAUCAUUGUUCCUGCAAGUUGGAUGAUAUUAUUUCACUACUGGACGACGACAUGAAUGAUCAUCUAUUAAGCAAUUCAAACAAGAAAAUCAUUUCAAAAUUUCCAGAAGGUAUUCGAGCAGCACAGAUCGCCCAAGUCAGAAUCAGGACCUUUCGUUCCAAUUUCAACAAGCUCAUAGCACUCCCACUAAAAACAUUUUCUGAUUGCCCUCAAUUAUCGAGAAUUCUCCUAGUGGACCAAGCAAAGAGAUUGUUAGCGUUUGGAUAUGUGACACAUUUAAACAGGAAAGCUCGGAAAAAUCUUGAACAACAGGAGGAUGUGAUUUAUUGA